AUGAGAAGAAAGGCAGCCAUGUUACAACUGCAAAAACCAGCCAAACAGACAAAAAAGAAAACUGCAGGGAAACAUAUGAAGGAGAAGAAAAAUAGAGAGAAGGAGAAUAAAGACAAAGUCACAGAGGAAAGAGACGUGCAUGCAAAUAAAGUUAACAAAGAAGAAAUGGCAAAAAAGAAAGCUGAAAGACAGAAAAAACAAGCAGACAAAGAAAAAGCAAAGGAAGAGAAGGCAAGGGAAAAGGCCCAAAAAGAAAAAGAAAGAACUGCAUUGAUGGAACGCGAUAACAGAGUUCUUUCUAAAAUGGCCACUUUCGCAAGCCAUUUAAGAUCAAGUGAAGAAUGCAGUGAAGGCAGCGAAUUACUUUUAUCAGAUGAAGAGGAUCCAGUCAUUUUAGAACAAGACCUUGAUGACUGCUUCAAUGGCAAUGACAUUGUUUCUCUUAUCUCAGAUGAGUACCUAAAUGAUACCCCUUCAAGAGCAAGCCACCUUGAUCAAUCAGCAACCAAUGUUGUUAACUCUGCUAAAUCCACACUUGCACUGCACCCCACUCAAGCAUCAACCUACUCUCCUUCACCCACACUUGCACUGCACUCCAGUAGUAUGCAGGCAUCCACCUGCAGUUCCAGGCACCCUUUCCAGCCUAGGCAGUCGACUUACCAGAACAGUGAUACCAGCCAGACACCAAGAAGUACAGUUGGUGGGAAAAGACCGCGUAGUUGGAAAAAUCUCAGCAUUCAACUAGAUGCCACAAGACCAGCUGUAGGGGGGAAAAGGCCUCGGGCCUCAUUUCAGCCUCUGUCUGAAGAUGAGAAUGCCUGUGCAAAAUGUGAUGAAUAUAAGCAACUCAUUCUAAGGAAAGAUGCUGAAAUUGCUCAGCUAAAAGCCCAAGGUAUUAACAACUAUCUUGAUAUGAUUAUUGAACAAGUUGGGAUUAGGGAACAAAGAAUCUGAGAAUCCAUCCACAGACAAACCUCGACAAAGAUUAGCUUCCCUUGACAGCUUUAAGGCAUUUCCCCCUUUGUUUGCAAAGAGAGACUGCGUUAUUAAUGACACAUAUUAAUGGACUGGGUGUAACAAAUUGACGUUAGUGUUUUAUCAGUCUGUCCUCAUGAUCAGCAAGCAAUUAGGGGCCUAGCCAGCUUUUCGACUAGUUGUAGGCCUGGCUGACUUUUAUUUCCACAUAUCCUGAAAUGAAUUGCACGCAUUACUAGAAAGCAGUGACCUCACCAACUGACUUAAGCUUUUUAGCUCACUCCAACAACGCAUAAUUUAUUCCAAGCGGCAGAGUGAUCAAACCCAAAAUUUGCGGGCCCUGGCCUUCAGGUCUCAACCAAUACACCACUGUAACAAAUAGAGUUUAAAAGUCUAUAAUCUAUGGUAAUCCAGUGAGCACUUAAUAUGCUCUCUCCUUAAAUAAUUCAAUGUUUUACUUGAUAUAAGAAGUUAUCAACAUUUUUCACGUAGGAACUGGCCCUUAACUUUUCUUUUAAUCUUUUGCUUUUAGUUGAAGGGCAAUAUGAGCAACAACCCAGACCUGGAAAGCUGCCACAAGCUGUUGCCGAGCGCUUUAAGGUAAAACACCUGCUACUUUUGAGAAUAGUGAUCUGCCCUCGCUACUGUAUCUCUAAUAUUUGGGUGAUCAUUUCUUUUUCCUUUCUGUGAAUUUUUAAGAGAAGUGUCAUAUUUCAUUACACCAGAUCUCACUUUUAAAAGGUGGUUGGCCAUAAAACAGAUUCCAAGAGCAGCUUUUUUGCAUCUGUACAGUACAUCUCUAGGAUACUAACACAGAUGCCACUGAUAACGACACGAUUAUUUUUUGAUUCUCUUGGUUAAGGCAAAUGCUAUGACUUGGGAAAAUAAAGGAAGGCCUUGUUAAACCUUUUGGUUUGUGUUUUGUGCACUAAUAUGUUUAAAAGACAAGGAAAUGUGAAAAUUAUCUUUCUCCCUGUUAUGUGACAAUGUGAGUGCUUACAUCACAGCUUGGUGGGCCCACACUUUUAACUUGCCUUUUCUCUGUAUUAAGAAAAAGCAUUGAUAUUAUAGUUUUCCUUCAGAUAAACUAAAUUGAUUUAACUCACUACUUGUAAAAUUUGGAAUUGUUUUUCAGAUGAUUGAAUUAUCAAAAGGGAAAGGGGUUUACAUUUUUCAAGGCAAUCUUGCAAGCUCAGUCCGACAUCAGCGGCUUGCGUUUUACUGAGCUGCUUCUACAAAAAUGAAGAACUUGUCAGCAAAAACCUCACUGGGGCAAACGCCAGGGAGGCGGUCAAUCCUGAUAUCCUUUCUUCUAUUGUGGGUAAGUACAUGAAUGUAUGUAAAGAAAUAUAAUAUGUGAAAAGGAUUUACUUCACCUUUAGUAAGAAUUAAAAUGCUUGCUUUUUUGGUUGCUCCACUCAGUUAUCUAGUUCCUCUGAGUGUAAUAGGAUAACUUCUGGAUGCUUACGAUUGUAAUGUUAUAGAAUCAGAAAGUUUUAUGCACUAAUGUACAGUUUGUGAGAAUGUGAGCAAAGAAAGCUUUAGAACUCAGAUCUUUAACCUCAAUCUUCAUUGCUUUUAUACCAAAUUAAAUGUUACUUGUUAAAACAUCUUACNUUCAAGGCAAUCUUGCAAGCUCAGUCCGACAUCAGCGGCUUGCGUUUUACUGAGCUGCUUCUACAAAAAUGAAGAACUUGUCAGCAAAAACCUCACUGGGGCAAACGCCAGGGAGGCGGUCAAUCCUGAUAUCCUUUCUUCUAUUGUGGGUAAGUACAUGAAUGUAUGUAAAGAAAUAUAAUAUGUGAAAAGGAUUUACUUCACCUUUAGUAAGAAUUAAAAUGCUUGCUUUUUUGGUUGCUCCACUCAGUUAUCUAGUUCCUCUGAGUGUAAUAGGAUAACUUCUGGAUGCUUACGAUUGUAAUGUUAUAGAAUCAGAAAGUUUUAUGCACUAAUGUACAGUUUGUGAGAAUGUGAGCAAAGAAAGCUUUAGAACUCAGAUCUUUAACCUCAAUCUUCAUUGCUUUUAUACCAAAUUAAAUGUUACUUGUUAAAACAUCUUACUUAACCACAAGGAGGCCCCCAUACAAUCCGUUUGUGCAACCAUUAAUUUAAUUAGUAUAUAACAAUGAAUGUCUCACUAAAUAAUUAUAUGUUUGCAUGGAUUGAUUGUCUCAUUAAAUAUAUGUAUGUAUGGAUUGAUGCUAGAUAAACGAAGAAUUACCUUGUCUAGUGUUAUUGUUAUCAUUUUGGCUCUGAAGUGAUACAGUGAAAACCUGUAGUCGACACCCUUUUUAAGCGGAAACAAGCAUAUACAGUAAAUUAAUAUAUACUUUUCUUUCCAUAUCUUCUCUAAAAUAAACCUGAAUUAAACAACACAGACACGUCUGUCAAGAGGGUGCACUAAUUAAAAUAAAUAGAGCAGUACCCUUGGGUGUCUGCUUAACACUAGUUUCACUGCAUUUAGGACAAUUUUGAAGGUUUCUGUGUUUGCCGUUGACUGCAGCCUCUUUACUUAGAGGCACAGUCACUUUAAGCUUGUCAUGUUGUCGCUGCAGUGCAUUGCUUUUAAAGCCUAGGUGUUCUGCUGCUGCAGUGCAUUGUGGUGUUUGUUUUCGUUCACCUACCUUUUAACUUUAAUGUAGCCACUCAGAAUUGAGGCUUUCAAAUGGUUGUGUAUGCAUUUAUUAAGUUGUAUCAUGUCAGUCACUGAGCUUGAGCAGUGUAAGUCCACUUAAACUGCUCGAGCUCAGUGAUUGACAUGAUACAACUUAAUAUAUGCAUGGAUGACCAUUUGAAAGCCUCAAUUCCGUGUAGCUACAAGUUAAAAGGUAGGCCAUCCCCUCUUGCAAAUACUAAGGGUCAUGACAGUUAUUUAAACGAAGUCUAACUUGGGACGUGGGUUUAACAAAUCUUGCAAUCUCAGAGCUCUUCCAUAGUCUAUGCCUUAUGGUUUCAUGAAACUUUUCAUAGUGAAUUAACUAAAUGAUGCAUUAAUUAAGAUAAAAGUGUUGGGAAAACUGAAAAUGGCUUUUUACAACGUGGUUUUGUUAAACACUGGUGAAACUCUUUUUAAAUAAAUGACCCUAAGUAUUCAUGCGUAAUUUGUCUGGUUGUUCUUACUUCAGUUAACUUAAGUCUAGCUAAUCUACUAAGUAGCUCUUUAAUCCCAUAAACAAAACAGAGACAUUACCUGAAUCAAAUUUUUUGCUGUUAUUAUUUCAGAUUACACUGUGACCUUGGGAGGGAAAGAAGCUGCCAUAAAGCAAGCCCUAAGGAAUAAGAUCAGCUCAAUAACAACAAGAUACAAGCAUUAA